AUGGACGAAACCGAUCCAAGUUCUGCGACAAGUGACUCCAGCGAUGAAGAAUCGGGCGAAGUGGACUUCGACCCCAAUGGCCUCGAAGCUGUCUCUGGCGGCUACCACCAAGUGCAUGCGGUGAACGUGGUCGACGACACACCUCAGUCGUUCAAGGAUAUUGAAGCAAGUCCGAACAAGGCCAAGUGGCUCGAAGCAACUCAAGACGAGUACGACUCAUUGGUCAACAACGGCACCUGGACUCUGACAGAUCUGCCGCCUGAUCGCAAGGCGUUGGAGUGCAAGUUGAUUUGGCGUACCAAGUUCGACGCAAUGGGCCAGUUCACCAAGUAA